UUACUACAACUUGUCCAAGCAAUAAAAAGAUAGCUCGUGCAUUUAUACGAAAAGUAUAAAGUUUUAAAGAACUCACCCGCGAGAAUGGCAUCAAAACGAAAUACCUUUAUACACGAAAGGAUUGGUUUACAACCAUUUGAUGCAAUCCAAUUGAAUCACUAUACCAGAGUUCAGUUGUUCCUCAAGAACGGGCUAGACCCAGACCACCGCGAUCUUCAACGGCGAACCUUGCUGAUGAGUGCCUGUUGUCUUCCGACAGAGAAGAGCGCUGGAAAGUAUUGUAAGCUUCUGCUCAAGUAUAAAGCGAGAAUAGAGUUAUCGGAUGAGAAUGGACUGAACGCCAUGCACUAUGCUGUUCUAAAUGAACAGGAAAACAACGUGAGCCGGUUUUUGGAGUAUGCAGGAAACUUUGAUAUAAAUAUGAAGGAUGGCUUUGGUAACACCGCAUUAAUGCUGGCCGUGUUCACAAGGAAUGAUCGAAUCGUACAAAAGAUGGUGCAGAGUUUAAGAAAGUAUGAUCUAUCUGUAGAUAUAUGCAAUCAUGACGGGAACACACCGCUUAUUCUUGCUACACUACUUCAUGAGGACGCCAUUGCUAAGUGUUUGGUUGAGGUAGGAAAGGCUUCGACACAAAUACGAGAUAGACAUUUCAGAAAGACCGCGAAAGAAUGGCAGCAUGACACAUCAAUGGACCGGUGCGUUCUCAGAGGAUCUCCUAUAUAUACCGCCAUCAGGAAACAAUCCAUCACGAAUCCUUCAACAUCCCACGUUGCACUUAAUGACUGUACAAAUCUAUCAAUCAGUAACCCCACUCUGAAACGUGCUAUCCAAAAAAACCCGUCGGGAUAUGUAAGUUACCCUUUAUUCAUUUCAUCGGGAAGAUUUUCUAAACUGAGGCCUGAAAAGCAGCCAAAGUCAGAAGAAAGCUUUUACAGAUAUCCAGAUUUAAUUCCAGUGUACAAAUUGUAUGAACAAGAAACCGCCAGUUCGUAUCGGAAAAGUGCCCCUCCACGAGUUAAAACCCCACCGGCACCGAGUUCGGAUUCCUCGUCAGAAGGUACUACCUGGCGUAAGACCAUACUAGCAAUGAAGUUGAAACAAAGACGGCAUACAAUAGCUCUGAGUCGAAGCUUGCCCAACAAUUUAUCAAGUAAAAAAUUAUUUGCGUUAUCCAUGUCGGAACCGCAAUCGCGUUCGAAUAGUCUGUCAACUAACGAAGCAAUAUUUGACCCUUCGCAAUGGUCGACAAUACAACGAAACACACGAAGGAAUUCGUUUCGAUCACCAUACGACAGUCCAGUGCCCGCGACAGCACCUGGGGAGUUGGAAUUAGGUCACAGACGUUCUUCCAAACCUAAGGACUCGAAGUUUCAGAGAAGGCUAUCGGUUAGUUUUAUGUCCCCUGAAAAUGAAACAAGUGACCAUCCGUCCCGGUCUCCGCGGUUACAAAGAAGCGUGUUGAAGCACAACAAACUAGAGAGUGAAUUACCAAUAGUUAUAGAAGAUAAUACUGUAAGACUGAAUGAAGAUUAGCCAUUAUCAUUGCUAAAAUAACUAUA